CGUGUAUGUUGGGAGGUUUUUAAUGAAGCAGUUCAGUUUCUCCUCAGGAUGUCGACCACGUCUCAGAAACAUCGGGACUUUGUGGGCGAGCCGAUGGGCGACAAGUCGGUGACGAGUCUGUCGGGGAUCGGAGAAAUCCUGGGGAAGAAACUGGAGCAGCAGGGCUUCGAUAAGGCGUACGUGGUGCUGGGUCAGUUCCUGCUGCUGAAGAAAGACUCUGAGAUGUUUUCUGAGUGGUUGAAGGACGCCAGCGGAGCCAACAGCCGCCAGGCGGGGUCCUGCAGUCAGUGUCUGAGGGAGUGGUGCGACGCCUUCCUCUGAGGCCCCGCCCACUUCCCACGAGGCCCAGCCUUCUUCACCGUAUCCCCACGCCCAUCUGAGGCCCCGCCCACAUCUCUCCACACCCCGCCUCUGUUCAUAUCAGGCCCCGCCCACGUCUCUCCACACCCCGCCUCUGUUCAUAUCAGGCCCCGCCCAUGUCUCCCCACGCCCCGCCUCUGUUCAUCUAAGGCCCCGCUCACUCCUUCCCACUUCACCUUCGUCACCUUAUAUUAGUCCCGCCUCUCCUGUAAACUCCUCCCCUUCCUGUUUGAUUUAAUGCGUCACAAUAAACUGACAACUCUUUAUUUUGCUUUCCACAAAAUAAUAACAAUAAAAACACGGUGAACAAAGUU